AUGGCGAAAUCCAAGAAAUUCAGAGGCGUCAGGCAACGCAAUUGGGGUUCAUGGGUGUCCGAGAUUCGCCACCCUUUACUGAAGAAGAGGGUGUGGUUGGGGACCUACGAUACAGCUGAGGAGGCAGCAAGGGCUUACGACGAGGCUGCGGUGUUAUUGAGUGGAAGAAAUGCCAAAACUAACUUCCCAAUUGAGACGAAUGAAGAUGGUAAUGUUAAGUCUAUGUCAUCACCAUCUUCUUCUUCUCUCUCAUCAAUCCUCACUGCGAAACUUCGCAAGUGUGGUCAAUGGCCAUCGCCUUCUCUCACUUGCCUAAGGCUCGACACCGAGAAGUCCCAUAUUGGGGUGUGGCAAAAGUCGGCCGGAGCAGAAUCGGAUUCAAAUUGGGUAAUGACAGUUGAGCUUGGCAACAAGAACAAUGAUCAGCACGAUAAAAUAAUGCCGGAGGUAACACCGGAGAGAGAAUGCAAAAAUGGAUUGAGCGAAGAGGAAAGGAUUGCUUUGCAAAUGAUUGAGGAACUUCUCAACAUGAAUUGA